CGUUCGUUUUGUGCAAAUUGAUACGAGAUACGGUGUUACUCAUAAGUUUCUAUUUCUCAAUAACUUAAAAUUAAAACAUUUUAUUGGAUUUUACCUUCAGAAACAAUGGUAGUGCGUGAGUAUAAUGAGGAACUCAAGUAUAUCGAGCGUAUUUCGCCGAAUAGCUUUCGAAUUAAAAAAGGCUUCCAGCCAAACAUGAAUGUUGAGGGUAUUUUCUACGCCAAUAGCCGGCUCGAGAAGCUAAUGUUCGAUGAGUUGCGGAACUCUUGUCGGCCAGGAAUGACCGGUGGAUUUCUACCAGGAGUGAAGCAAAUCGCCAACGUUGCGGCACUUCCGGGAAUCGUUGGCAGAUCUGUUGGUUUGCCGGAUAUUCACUCUGGAUACGGAUUUGCGAUCGGAAACAUGGCUGCUUUUGAUAUGGGUGAUCCAACGUCUAUUGUGUCACCAGGGGGUGUAGGAUUCGAUAUCAACUGUGGAGUACGGCUGCUGCGUACUAAUCUCUUUGAGAAGGAUGUCAAACCUGUGAAGGAACAACUCGCACAAAGUCUAUUUGACCAUAUUCCAGUUGGAGUAGGUUCGAAGGGAAUAAUUCCGAUGAAUGCGCAUGACUUGGAAGAGGCACUAGAGAUGGGAAUGGAUUGGUCUCUACGAGAGGGAUACGUUUGGGCUGAAGAUAAGGAACAUUGCGAAGAGUAUGGACGCAUGCUGAAUGCUGACCCUAGUAAAGUUAGUAUGCGUGCAAAGAAACGAGGCCUUCCUCAGCUUGGAACAUUAGGAGCUGGUAAUCAUUACGCGGAGAUUCAGGUUGUGGAGGAAAUUUACGAUCGAUAUGCAGCCAGCAAGAUGGGAAUUGAGGAGCUCGGUCAAAUUUGCGUAAUGAUUCACUCUGGAAGCCGCGGUUUUGGCCAUCAAGUGGCCACUGAUGCGCUUGUUGAAAUGGAGAAAGCUAUGAAGCGCGACAAAAUCGAAACCAAUGAUCGGCAGCUGGCUUGUGCCCGAAUCAAUUCAACAGAAGGUCAGAAUUAUCUGAAAGCGAUGUCAGCAGCAGCCAAUUUCGCGUGGGUCAAUCGUAGUUCUAUGACAUUCCUCACCCGACAAGCAUUUGCGAAACAAUUCAAUACUACUCCGGAUGAUUUGGAUAUGCACGUUAUCUAUGAUGUUUCACACAACGUGGCCAAAAUGGAGGAACAUCUAGUCGAUGGUCGUCCAAAACAGCUUCUAGUUCAUCGGAAAGGCUCUACCAGGGCAUUUCCACCCCAUCAUCCCUUGAUACCGGUGGAUUAUCAACUUACCGGACAACCGGUCCUUGUCGGUGGUUCAAUGGGAACAUGCAGCUUCGUGUUGACUGGAACCGAAAAAGGAAUGGCUGCUACCUUUGGUUCGACUUGCCACGGAGCUGGAAGAAGUUUAUCGCGAGCAAAGUCGCGUCGUAACUUAGACUACAAGGAUGUGCUGCGAGAUUUAGAGGCAAAAGGUAUUUCUAUUCGUGUAGCGUCGCCGAAAUUGGUGCAAGAAGAGGCACCCGAUUCGUACAAGGAUGUCAGGGACGUGGUGCAGACAUGCCACGAUGUUGGCAUCAGUGCCAAAUGUAUUAAGCUUAGACCCAUCGCAGUGAUAAAGGGGUAAUUUGUAAAUUAAAAUGACUGGUAACUUAAUUUUUGAGAUAAUGUUCUCACAUAUAAUUGAAUAAUACAUGCCUGAAGAGUAAA